CCUUGGGGUACGAACUCACCACUUUGAACUUGUACCUGGCUAAGAUUCCCGUAGCCGUAACAAAUUGGAGCCACCAGUGAGAACAGAGGUUCAUCACAUCUGAAUAAAAAGAAAAGAACGAAAAAAGAAAUGACGGCGAGUUUCAACUUGAAAGGAAGAGAAAACGGUAAGUUCAUUGUUCCUUUGUCUUAUACAUAAGGUCCAGAGUUAAUUGGGUUUUGUGACCAGGGAUUAUUAUAUAGCCUACAGUAUAAUCAUAAAGUAAGUUACAUUUUGGGUAACUCAAUAUUAAAUUGAUACAGGAAUUAUUGUAUCUAACAAAAUGCCGAAAAAGCUGGCCAUGAAAGACAAAAUUGAUAUUUUAGAGGAUAGAAUUGCUUCUAAAGAUAACGAAAUUAUACAACUAAAAUCGAUUAUUUGUGAAUUACAAGAUAAAAUUAAAAAUCUUGAGAAGAAAGAAAAAAAUAGAUACAGGAACAUCGAAAACUCUGGAAGGGAACGAGAACCUUCCCCUACUGUUCUCGAGGAUGAUAGAAAGUCCGACGUUUCGUCUGUUUCUCCUAUUAACCUGAUAAUGAAUUUAAUAAACCAAAUUAGGGAGGGAUUCGAAAAUAGAUUCAAUAAACUUGAAAAUAAGUUUGCAAAUGCGAAAUGUGCCGAGUCACAUCCUUCGUCCAGUCCUUCACUUACGAAAGGUCCUACUAUUCCACAAAAGUUAAUAUCUUGGCCUGUGUUUGAUUCACAGAAUAUAAAUAUUUGGCUGGAAAAGCUGCAAGGAAUAAAGGAAUGUUUCGAAUUAGACGAUACAACAUUUAUUUCCACACUAAAGUUACAAUCAGAUAUAGAUUUAGUAAAAAGAAUCAGGCUAGAAGAGGCAAAAGGAUAUGAAUUAACCUGGCCUAGAUUGAAAACACAGAUUAAGAAAUGGUACGAAACAGAUUCCACUGUGAAGAAAACAAUUAAAAUGUACGACAGAAUUCAAGGGAAAUUAGAAUCGGCCUUUUCAUAUGUGUUAGAUAAAUUAGAAUUAAUUAAUUCUUUAAAUCAUGAAUAUUCGGAGAUGGAAAAAAUAGAAUUAUUAAACAAUGGCUUGCAAAAGGAAGAAAGAAUGUCUAUUGCGAAUAAAACAUUCCACACCUUAGAUGACUAUACCAACGCCAUCAUGGAAUUAGACUCGAUAACAAAGAGAGAGCGCGAAAAAUACUACAAAAGUUUCAGUGUAGGUGAAUGUUCAAACAGGCCUAAUGGAGUUUCAAGGUCACCUAAGCCUUACAGCCAUUUUUACAAAGGACAAUCGAGUCGUCAAAAUCGUGAACUAAUGGACCGUGAAAGAAAAUCCGUAUACAAUAAGCGUUCUAAAACCUUUAGGAGAACUAACAAUAGAAACAAAGACAUACAAACAGAUCAUGCUAUAUCUCGAAAUCAGACAGUCUCAGAAGAAAGUUCUCACGAUAUUAUUUGCCAUAACUGUUGGAAAAGAGGUCAUUAUAAGAAAAGCUGUAAAUAUCCAAAAUUUUAUGCAUUCGAAAAAAUGCGCAAACUAAUGGAUAAACUCGAAGAUCAAAACGAGGAACAAAAAAACUAAU